AUGUUAUUAACUGUUAGUUUAGUUAGUAUUGUUAUCAUAUUCGUCGUGAGUUGGGUACCUUUGGGUUGUUUUUCACUUCUUGCAGAUCUCGAUGGUUAUUUUGGUAUUGCAGACACUACGAGUCUAAGAGCAUCAUCGGAAAGGCUUUACAUAGGUUUAGCCAUUGUUCACGUCAUCGCCAUGUCGUCAGCCAUAUCGAAUCCGAUCGUUUACGGUUGGAUGAACAUAAACAUACGUCACGAAUUUUAUCAACUUUUACCAUUUAAAAGAUUUAAACAAAGAUUGCAAGAAAAUAAUGAAAGAACUACAACUAAUAAUCAAAUGGACGUAUCAAGAGGGAAAGUGCAACAAUAG